GGACAAUCAAAUUGCCAACCCAGAAUCGAAGCAGUCGUUUUUUUUUUUCAGUUUGUGAGUUGAUAGACGCCAAAAAUGGCUUCUCUUGCAACGUUUGCAGCAGCACAGCCCACCGCCGUUAAGGGCCUCGCCGGAAGCUCCCUCGCCGGAACUAAGCUCCAUGUUAAGCAAUCCCGUGUGAGCUUCAAGUCCACUAACUACAGGGCUGGUGCCGUGGUUGCAAAGUAUGGUGACAAAAGUGUGUACUUUGAUUUGGAGGAUAUUGGCAACACCACCGGCCAAUGGGACUUGUACGGAUCAGAUGCACCCUCACCAUACAACCCCCUUCAGAGCAAGUUCUUCGAAACAUUUGCUGCUCCUUUCACCAAGAGAGGUCUAUUGCUCAAGUUCUUGAUAUUGGGAGGUGGCGCCACGCUUGCUUACGUGAGUUCCCAAGCAACUGGAGACGUUCUGCCAAUCGUCAAGGGCCCUCAGCUUCCACCCAAGCCUGGGCCGCGUGGCAAGAUCUGAUUUGUUGGAAUCUAAAUUUUUCAAUACAUUGGUUGUGUUUCGAUGUCUGAUUUCAACAGCUUGUAAGUAUAUCUCGGACCUACUUGUGACACUGUUGAUCAUCACCAAAUCUUCAAUUAGAUAUUCAUUUUGGGCUCUCUCUUA